AUGACCAUAACUCAUUUUGAAGAAGCUAUUAAUAGACCAGCAGAAAAACUGAACAAUUAUCAAGCAACAAUCAAAAUGAAGUCCAUGAUCGUGCUCUGCGUGCUGUCGGUGGCGGCGCUGGUGGUGGCGCGUCCCGACGAUUCCCACUACACCGACCGUUACGACAACGUCAACCUGGACGAGAUCCUCUCCAACCGCCGUCUGCUGGUGCCCUACGUCAAGUGCAUCCUCGACCAGGGCAAGUGCGCCCCUGACGCUAAGGAGCUCAAAGAACACAUCAGGGAAGCCUUGGAGAACGAAUGUGGCAAAUGUACUGAGACCCAGAAGAACGGAACCCGGCGUGUGAUCGAGUACUUGAUCAACAACGAGGAGGAGUACUGGAACGAGCUUACGGUCAAGUACGACCCUGAGAGGAAGUACACCGCCAAGUACGAGAAGGAACUCAAGAAGAUCAAGGCUUAAGUGAUUAAUAAUUUAUAAUUCUUGCUCAAUUGAAAUUGUGAUGUGAUUUUAGUUUGUAAAUAAAAAUAAAAUACAUAAUAUGAACGUUUGAUUUCGUAUA